AUGCGACAACGCGCAGUGAAGAGCGACAUUGACAAUAGCCAUGCUGCACCUGAGCGUUCCAUGUCUUCUUCAGCACGUCGUGUGUUAAAGAAAGUCGAUGUGUAUCCUAAAAUGCAUCAUGAAUUCAAAGUCCAGACUGAAUUUGGCGCGACAGUCUCGAUCAUCGCAGGACUUGUCAUGAUGGUCCUAUUUCUGUCCGAAGUGAAAGCGUACUUAAGCUUAAAUACGCACGAACAUAUGGUUGUGGACUCGUCAUUGGGUGAUAAGUUACAAGUGAAUUUGGACGUGAGUUUCCUUGCUAUCAACUGUCGUGAUGCUCACAUUAAUGCCAUGGACGUAGCAGGUGAAUUACAAGUUCAUAUGCAUCACACAGUCGUUAGUACACGUCUGGAUGCAAGGGGACAAGCUAUUGGACGACCUAUUACAAUGGAUACUACACACAUGGAAGAAGAUGUGAAGACGGACGUUCCUGAAGAUUAUUGUGGCAGUUGUUACACUGCAACUCAUCCAUCAGGAAAAACUUGUUGUAAUACGUGUGAGGAAGUGAAGGAGGCUUUUAUAUCCAGUGGGCAUUCACUAGAAGAAGCUGAUGCAAAGGAACAAUGUGUCCGUGAGAUUGUGGAAGUGGAGAAACUUGCUCAGGACGGAGAAGGAUGUCGCAUCACUGGCAAAAUGUUUGUGAACCGUGUAGCAGGCAAUUUUCACGUUGCACUUGGACGCACAUUUCAUCGUCAUGGUAAAAUGGUGCAUCAAUUUCGACCUGGACAAGAGUACAUGUACAACUCGAGCCAUAUUGUACAUAGCUUGUCAUUUGGGGAGCCGAUGCCUGGUAUCACAGGCCCUCUUGAUGGUUUAAAGAAGAUUGCAGUAGAGUUUGGAGGUGCGUUCCAGUACCAUAUCAAGAUUGUGCCUACGAUCUUUAGUGACGUGAACGAGAACGCUAUUCACUCAUACCAGUUCGCGGUCACUCAGCAGAGCAACUACCUGAACCCCUACCACCAAAUGACUUCGCUUCCAGGAACGUUCUUCGUGUUUGAUUUCUCCCCCUUUAUGGUGAAGGUGGAGAAUAAGCGUAUGCCGUUUACUCACUUUCUGACAAAGAUCUGCGCCAUCGUUGGUGGUGUUAUUUCGAUUGCGGGCUUUGUGGAUUCGUUCAUGUACAACUCGCUGCACGUUCGCCGUCGUACAACUACAGGGGGCGGGGUAAGCAAAUUCGGCUAA